AUGAUGGGGAUGAUGGAGAUGAUGGAGAUGAUGGGGAUGAUGAGGAUGAAGAGAUGUGAUGGAGAUGAUGGAGAUGAUGGGGAUGAUGGGGAUGAUGGGGAUGAUGGGGAUGAUGGGGGUGAUGGGGAUGAUGGGGGAUGGGAUGAUGGGGAUGAUGGAGAUGAUGGGGAUGAUGGGGGUGAUGGGGAUGAUGGGGGUGAUGGGUUGAUGGAGAUGAUGGGGAUGAUGGGGAUGAUGGGGGAUGAUGGGGAUGAUGGGGGUGAUGGAUGGGGAUGA